ACUACAGACACACAGGGUCAAAAACUACAGACACACAGGGUCAAAAACUACAGACACACAGGGGCAAAAACUACAGACACACAGGGGCAAAUACUACAGACACACAGGGCCAAACACAACAGACACACAGGGCCAAACACAACAGACACGAAGGGGCAAAAACUACACACACAGGGCCAAACACAACAGACACGAAGGGGCAAAUACUACAGACACACAGGGCCAAACACAACAGACACACAGGGCCAAACACAACAGACACGAAGGGGCAAAUACUACAGACACACAGGGCCAAACACAACAGACACACAGGGCCAAACACAACAGACACACAGGGCCAAACACAACAGACACGAAGGGGCAAAAACUACAGACACACAGGGGCAAAUACAACAGACACGAAGGGGCAAAAACUACAGACACACAGGGCCAAACACAACAGACACGAAGGGGCAAAAACUACAGACACACAGGGGCAAAAACUACAGACACAGGGGCAAAUACUACACACACAGGGGCAAAUACUACACACACAGGGGCAAAUACUACACACACAGGGGCAAAUACUACACACACAGGGGCAAAAAUGACAGAAUACAGGGACAAAAACUACAGGGACACAGCAUCAAAAACUACAGGGACACAGCAUCAAAAACUACAGGGACACAGCAUCAAAAACUACAGGGAAACAGCAUCAAAAACUACAGGGACACAGCAUCAAAAACUACAGGGACACAGCAUCAAAAACUACAGGGACACAGCAUCAAAAACUACAGGGAAACAGCAUCAAAAACUACAGGGACACAGCAUCAAAAACUACAGGGACACAGCAUCAAAAACUACAGGGACACAGCAUCAAAAACUACAGGGAAACAGCAUCAAAAACUACAGGGACACAGCAUCAAAAACUACAGGGACACAGCAUCAAAAACUACAGGGACACAGCAUCAAAAACUACAGGGACACAGCAUCAAAAACUACAGGGAAACAGCAUCAAAAACUACAGGGACACAGCAUCAAAAACUACAGGGACACAGCAUCAAAAACUACAGGGAAACAGCAUCAAAAACUACAGGGAAACAGCAUCAAAAACUACAGGGACACAGCAUCAAAAACUACAGGUACACAGCAUCAAAAACUACAGGGACACAGCAUCAAAAACUACAGUGACACAGCAUCAAAAACUACAGGGACACAGCAUCAAAAACUACAGGGACACAGCAUCAAAAACUACAGGGAAACAGCAUCAAAAACUACAGGGAAACAGCAUCAAAAACUACAGGGACACAGCAUCAAAAACUACAGGGAAACAGCAUCAAAAACUACAGGGAAACAGCAUCAAAAACUACAGGGACACAGCAUCAAAAACUACAGGUACACAGCAUCAAAAACUACAGGGAAACAGCAUCAAAAACUACAGGGAAACAGCAUCAAAAACUACAGGGACACAGCAUCAAAAACUACAGGGACACAGCAUCAAAAACUACAGGUACACAGCAUCAAAAACUACAGGUGA